AUGUUGAAAGAUUCCUAUAUUCCUGCGAUUUGGCCAGAUGCAUCAAACCAAUGUCUGUUCAAAGUCAAUACCAGAGAUCCAAGACUAAAUCUUGGACCUGUUUCUUUUAUUUCCCCAUUUGAAUUGGAAAGCGAUUUGGAUAUGUGUUUAAGCCUGAAUUUAAACUGUCCAACAAGUUCAAACGAAUUCAAUUUGGACUUUUCACUGCCCACCAAUCCGCUAAGUGACUUUGUGGCACCUACAAACAAGCUUAAUGUGUUGCCAGAGAAAAUUGACUAUUCAGAAUUGCUGUCGCUCCAGACUUCUAUAGAUUCAAGUCCGAUGGAACAAUCAUUUGCAGAGUUUUGCAAGUCAGUUGAGGACGAUCAAAGCAACAGUAGAUUGCCCCUCAUGCCGGAAGCAGAGCAAAUAUCUGAUAAUAUUGAGAAAAUUCUUUUACCUGAUGAUAUAGAAGAGCCAAAGAUACAACGAAAUGUUGGACUACUAAGUGGAUUCAUUCAAAAUGGUUUUCAUUGGACACAGUUGAUAAAAAAAUUGAUUGUCGAUGAUAACAGUAAAAGAAUCGGACCUCGAGAAUAUCUUAAGAGUUCACUUUUGAUGAACUUAUUUAAAGUGAUUAUGAGUGAUUCGGAUUUACCAGGAAUUUUAUCUGUUAACCCAAAAUCUACCAAAUUACCUGCUCCAACAUAUAAUGAAUUCGCGGGUAUUUGUCAAGGCUUAGCAGAGUUCAGCUUAAUUCCUGCAAAUACGAAUGAAGAAACUCAUUCCGAAAACGUUGAACCAUUCUAUGAAAGGGUGGCAAAGGAACAUGUAUCUGAACAGGUGGACAAAGAUGCUGAUAUUAAGAAUUAUUUAAUUGUUAAGGAGGAAGAUGGCCAAAAAUCAGUUAAAGAGGAAAGAAGUGAGAAAAGUAGAGAAUAUAAUGAACAUGUUACAGCAGAUAAAAAAUUAGGACAUAGCAAAGAGAAAUCGUUGAAAUCGUUCCAUGACAUAAUAGAUGCUAACGAAGUUAAAAAAACUGGAGUUCAGAUUUUCAGAAAGCCUACAAAACUCUUUGUGUUUGAUAGUUUGAAGGAAUGGAAGAUAAAAGGCGAAGGGCAGAUUGAAAUUUGGGAAAUGGAUGGAUCUGAUUCUGAAAUCUAUUAUAUGCUACUCUGGGACAAGAGCUCCAAAGAAUUGCUCAUCCACAUGCGUCUGGACAGCAAAUGGAGCAUCGAUUACUUGGCCAACUGUACAAACAGCUGCUACUGGUCACACUACAAUUACGCUAACUACCCGAAGGGAGUACGGCAACGGUUGGCCUGCCGUUUCAGAGAUUCAGAAGUGGCAGCUCAGUUUUUCGGAAUCGUUAACAAGUGUGUGGAAAACUCACGCUUGCAUUGACAAUAAUUUAUAUUUAAUUUCGAAUUUGUGAUGUUAUUGUUGUUCACCCCUUUUGGAAACUAUUUGUUUAAUCAAAAUCGUGUUAGCUGACUAUUGCUUUGAUUAUUCAACGUAAAAUACGAAAAAUUAAAAAUAAAGUAGUAUCGUCUUCUUCAAAGAGUAUGAUUGUACUGCUAUAAUUAAAGCAAUUUUGCGCAUGUGAAA